GACAUGAAAAUGGAUCCAACGUAUGGUCAUCAGAUCAAUCCAGUUUCGCGCCUUAUCCAAGUGCUUCAAGCUCGUUGUGAGGAUGAGCCACAGUUUGAGUUGAUCUCAGAGCAGGGUCAGAGUCGCUAUAAAGAGUUCACUGUGCAGGUAAGCUGUGGUUCACGUAUUUGUUCUGGAAGUGGACCGAAUAAGCGACUGGCAAAACGUGCAGCUGCCGAAGCAAUGCUGGCAGAAAUAGGUUAUGUGAAGCCUUUACCUCCACCGGGAAAGAGUUUGCUCAAGAAGAAAACCGAUUCUCAACUUAAUAUAGGUGUCUUUGAUCCGAACGAUUUGGUAACUCCACCAGCACAAAAUGCUACAGGCAGUAGCUCUUCGACGCAGUCAGAUCAGCAAGAUUCUCACGCUUCUGAAGAGCAAUCUCUCCAGGAAGGACUACUAGCGCUUUGUGUUGAUGAUCAGACUAGUCCUCAAGCAGCUCGAGUUGAUACCACAUGGUCUUCAUCGAAUGAUGGUGAAAGUGGUGAAGCGUCGAAUAAUGUGCCGCCAUCACCUGGUCGUCGUCGUGUUACAUUUAGCAAUCAAGUGAAAGCGUGUCCUCCACCAGAUGAUAGCAAAUAUCCUGAACCAGAAUUAGCACCGCUUAAAGCGGAUGUUUUGGUAGAGGGUCGAGUCAAGCGUAUUAGAAGAACGAAGGAGGCAAAACGGGCUUUAUCUGAUGAUCAGAAGUGUGAGAUCCGUGAAAUAGCAAGAGUAUCGAUACAAGCGCUACAGAGUCCAAACAUGAUCGCCUGUAGUGAAGGUGCUCCAGAUUCGGAAGCUUGUCAGCUGCUCAGUGCUAGACGUCGUCUCGAUAGCAUGUCGGAGACCUUCAAGUUCAGUGUGCAGUACACGAACUUUCCUAAGUCACCUGAUGAAAGUGAUCCUCUGUAUUUUGCACUCGUCUCACUUGGAUUGGAGAGACCAAUCGUUUGUCAUGGACGUGGUUCUACGAUGGAAGCAGCUGCCGAGAAUGCUGCUUUCAAUGCAAUCUCAAAUCUUUGCACUUAUGACCAGCCGAUGUCUCCACCGGAGCCACAACUCGGCCCACUGUCACCUUGCAACUAA